AUGGGUACAAAGAUUGAGGAAUUUACGUUAGAUUCAUUAGAUUUGUUUCGAAUGCCAGAUACGGACGUGCCGCAGGAAAAAAUUCAGGGAAUAGAUAAUAGCAAACCAUAUGAAGUAGCAUCUCUGGACGACACGAACAUGAUUAAUGAAGAAAGACAGGAACAAUUUGAACAGAGCGACAAAAGAAAUGACGCGAGAUACGUGAAAAGCGAAGAGUUACUUAAGGAAAUUCAGGACCAGUUUAAAAUUAACACGGAAUUACUUGAGAAAAACGAAGAAAAGAAUGACGAACGAUUCAGACAACUAGGGGAACGACUUGAGAAGAGUGAGAAUCUAUUGAAGAAAAGUGAUGAAACCGGGAAUGCACAAUUUGAAGAAAAUAAGCAACAGUUCAAAGACUUAAAUAAAAAGCUAGAUGAACUAAUAGCAGCCGUAGACCAGAAAGCAGAUGAUCACAUCAAGAAAUGCAAUGAACAAGGAAAAAUUUUAAAUAAGAAGAUAAACGACAAGACACAAGAUGUAAAUCCAAGAGAGGAAACAACGCAGGAAACGUAA